GCGGCGUCGCGACGCGCGCGCGACGCGGGACGACGACGACGACGACGAUGGCGACGACGACGGCGACGCGCGCGACGCGCGGAUGCGUCGCCGGACGCGCGACGGCGCGACCGACGCGACGCGGCGUCGCGAUCGAGCGACGCGCGCGCGCGCGACGCGGUUUCGCGCGCGUCCCGUUGGACGCGGGACGCGCGCGUCGCGACGACGCGACGACGAUCGCGGGACGCGGGACGCGCGAGGCGCGAGCGACGCGAACUUUCGCGUCCGCGGGCGACGCGAGCGGGGAAAACGCGGCGAUCGUGAACACGGUGAAGGCGAUCUUCGGCGCGGGGGGGUUCGCGCUGCCGUGGGCGUUCGCGCAGGGAGGGAUCGCGCUCGUGGGGACGUGCAUGGCGGCGUCGCUGGUGUUCGCGCUCGAGGCGCUGCGAAUGCUGAUUAAGGCGCAGGACGCGCUCGUCGGCGCGGGAGCGUCGACGGCGAGCGAGGUGGCGACGUACGCGGGGCUGACGAACGCGGCGAUGGGACGCGCGGGAGACGCGGCGUGCCGAGUGAUGAACGUGCUGACGUGCUUCGGGAUCACGGUGAGCUAUUUAAUCUUCAUCGCGGAGACGAUGAAGGUGGUGGUGCCCGCGCUCGGGGUGAGCGCGUUCGGGGCGUCGCCGACGACGGCGAGCAUGCUCGCGCUCGUCGGGCCGCUCAUGAUCGCGCUGUCGUGGUUGCGCGAGAUGAGCGGCGUGGCUGUGAUUUCCGCCGUCGGCACCGCGUCGGUCGCGGUCGGCAUGGCGGUGACGACGGCGACGGCGCUGUCCAACCCGCUGCAACUCGGCGCGUUGCCGGUGGCCAACUUUGCGGCGUUUCCGGGAUUCUUCGGCACCGUGGCGUUUUUGUUCUUCAUUCACUUCACCCUGUUCGGGAUUAAGGAAGCGAUGCCGCAACCGGAUAAGUUCUUCGGUGCCGCGGUGAAGGCGUUCACGGGCGCCGCCGUCAUCGCCGGGCUCUUUGGCGUCGCCGGCGCCGCGGGUUUCGGCACGGGGGUCUCCUCAGUCGUCGUCACCAUGCUCACGGGCCCGUCGGGGAUCGCGGUGCAACUGUUGUUGUGCUUGAACUUGCUGUCCACGUACCCGAUCAUGGCGCAAUCCGCGCUCCGCAUUUGCGAAAACGUGCUCGAAGGCGACAAGCCGGGAUCCAUCGGCGCGCCGCAAGCGCUCGCCGUGCGCACCGCGUUCACCGCGGGCGCGCUUUGGACCGCAGCUAACGUCCCGAACUUUGGCGUCGUCCUCGGCUACGUCGGUGGUGUGUGCUGCUCCAUUCUCUCUCUCGUCUUGCCGGCGAUGAUUCUGUACUUGACGCAAAAGAAGGUCAAGGCUGAAAUCGUCCCGCUCGAGCUCGCGAGAAUCGGCGGCGUCUUCGUCACGGGCGUCACGUGCAUCGUGCUUUCUAUCGUCCUCUAAGGGGCGAACGUGACGAUAUCUCUUGAGUGUGAUCGAUGCGAAGCGUCACGAAUUCGCUUCGCGUCACGAAUUCGCUCCGCGUCAUGAAUUCGGGGAGUUUUUUUGUGUAAUACAAGCGAA